GCUGGGGGUUUUGAAUCGGUUUUGAACUAGAAAAUGGCGUCGGCCGGCAUCGCUGAUCACAUGCACAUGAUGGCUGAGCUGCAGCGGCUCAAAGCACAAGUCGUCGACGUCGCGACGGUCAACAAGAGCCUUCUAGAAACGACGCGGUCGAUCGAGGCGGAGCUCUCGUCCUUCGCCACGCUUUCGCAGCUGGACGCUGGCCUGAGCCUCAAGGCGUCGACAACCAUGGUACCGACUCAGCUCGACGAGCUCAAGCAGUUUGUUCUCCAAGUGCUCUCGUCCAAGACAGAUCUCUCGCUUCUCGACGUCCUCUUGCCAAAGAAGCUCGACACGAGCGUCUUUGAAGCCUCCCAGCGACAGCACACGAAGGAGUACGCGCGCUUCGAAGACACGGUCCGAACGCUCUUUACAUCGUUCGUCGCCGACGUCCAAAGCCACGUUCAAGAGAUUGCAACUGGCAUCGCCGCGCACGAAGUCACGGUGGCCGGUCACGCACAGCGCGUCGAGGCGACCAAGGACCAUCUCAGCACCCUUGACAUUCGACUUCGGCGCCUUGAGGCUGUAUGCGGCGUGGAUCCCACCGCCGCCCGCAUCAGUCCGAGCGCGACGCUACCUGCAAUGGCCGCGGCCUGUGCGUCCUUGGAAGCAGCCCAAGCGACGCAGAUAGCGCUGGUUUCUGACCUGCGCGAAGCACUCGAGACCACGCAAAGCCAAGUCGGCGCGCUUGAAGCGGUGGCGACAGGAACCAAGCGCGAUAUGUCUCGAAACAUCGCCAACGAGAUCGCGCGGCUGCAAGAAGCCGAUGCCCAUGGUCUGCGUCAACUCGAGAAGAAGAUUAUAACGCUCGUCGAGUCUGUCGAUGCGGUCAAGGAGCUCGCGCAGAGCGCCCAAAACGACGUGCACGCUUUCCAAAAUGCAGCAGCCACGUCCGUCUUGGAUACGUACGACCGGCGCGUCGCAGGCUCGAUUGAAGCGCUGCAUGCAGACAACCAAGGGCUGCGCGACGCAUUCCACAAGCACCACACCACGCUUGCGGCGCAGUCGAGGUCCAUCGAAGACUCGGUGCGUGCGCACGACACGUCCUUGUGCAGCGUUGAGCACCAACUCCGGCAGCUCGCGGCCCACUGCCGCGCCAUCGAGCGAGAACUCGCUGCGCUCAAAGGCCCGUUUAUCACCGAAGUGCGCAACCUCAAGCAGGAAAACUUUGUCAUUCUCGACGAAAUCCGCCGCCAACAGGACAUUUCGCGCGAGCUCGUCCUCGACUACAAGGACGCAGUCGGCGCCUCGGGUCCGACGCGCCCAUCCACGCUGCCGCCGACGCAUGUGCUGCCGACAACGAGCGCCAACAAGGCGCGGGCCAAGACAUCGCGCCCACAAACGUGCGGUCCACCCGUCAACUGCGCCAAGCGCUUUGGUGUUGUGCACUCGGCGCGCGAACCUCGCGAACGCGAACGCGCCCGCACGGCCGGGGCCAAGCCCAGCCCCCGCAGCGAUGGGCCCAUUGUACUGCCCCCGACAAGGACAAAUCAAGCAACACAGUUCCUAGCGUCGAUCGAGAACGUUGACAUCGAGAAGCAACACGCGCAUGCGGAUGGCGACGAGGAUGACGACGAAGACCCGGCGUUUGAGUUUGGCCGCACGAGCCCGCGCGAGAAUGGGUUCCUAGUUCGCGAUUUGCCGCACCGCGUCCCGAGGCGUCCGCAGAGCAGCCACGACUACUAGCUUGCGUCGUCGUUGGAGCAACACAAUAGGCGAGAGCGUUCUCAGCGAGCUUCUUACAAUAUAAUAAUACGGACCUUUUCUCUACA